AUGAAGUUUGGUGACAACCUCGAAGAUUCCACCUACGAACCAUGGAAGGACAACUAUGUCCAGUACAACGCCCUCAAGAGGCAGCUCGAACAAGGCCUCAACGGACACAAUGGCUGGACUGAGCGUGACGAGGGAAUCUUUGGUCAGACCCUCGACAGUGAUCUCACAAAGAUCUAUGCGUUUGUGAACUCCAAGUUUGAAGAGUUGCAGGAGCGCACCACCAAGGCAGAGCUGAGGGUGGCGACCUUCCAGGAGGCCUAUAACCAAAAGGCUCUCGAUUCCUUGACAGCUGCCAUCACUGAGAUCACGGAUGAGGUCAACCAGCUGUCGAAGUACUGCAGAACUAACUAUGCCGGAUUCCUCAAGAUCGUCAAAAAGCACGACAAAAAUGUCCCUUACAAGUUGAGGCCAGUGUUCAUGGUCCAGCUCAAGUCGCGCGCGUUCUACAAUGUCAACUUUGAUUCGCUCGUCGUCCGCCUCUCCAAGCUCUACCACACCAUCGGAGCAGAGUCCCUGGCCUUUGGCACCCCCAUCACCCCCUCGACUCUCACAGGAAUGAUCAACCAGCAGGGCCUCGACCGCAGGUCGUUCAAGUUCUGGGUCCACCCCGACAACGUCAUGGAGGUCAAAACCACCGUCCUCAAGCACUUACCCGUCAUUCUGUACACCCCUCGCGGACCUGGACCCAACAACUCAGAGUCUCUCGAUCCCUCGCUCUCCUCCGUCUACCUUGACAACUCUUCAUUCGACCUCUACAACACCAAGCUGGAGCGGAAGGAAGGAGCGCAGGCCAUCCGACUUCGCUGGUACGGCAACCCCUCCAACAACGAGAUCAUUAUUGAGCGCAAGAUUCACCACGAGAUCAACAAGCUGGGAGAGUACCACGAUCGCUUCUCUAUCAAGGAAAAGUACGUCGACGCCUUCUUGAAGGGCACUUACACCUUGGAUCGUCAGGUCGCCAAGCUGAAGGAGCAGGGAGUCAAGUCACCAGCCGAGAUUGAGCAAUUCCAGGAGCUGGUGAAGGAUGUCCAAAAGAGCAUUGUCGACAUGAAGCUUCGCCCCGUUUUGAGAACCGUUUACAACAGAACCGCUUUCCAGAUCCCCGGCGACAACCGCGUCCGUCUCUCGCUCGAUGCCGAUCUGUGCAUGAUCCGCGAGGACAACUUGGAUGGCGUGACUCGUUCCGGAAACCACUGGCGUCGCAUGGAUGUCGAAUACCCCGUCGGAACCAAGACUGCACACGAGCACGAUAUGACCCGAUUCAACUAUGCCAUUCUCGAGGUCAAGCUAGAGUUGCCUCCCAACAAGGCCACCCCUGCCUGGGUUGAAGAAUUGAUGAACAGCCAUUUGGUCGAGUCGGCCGAAUCCUUCUCAAAGUACGUCCACGGUGUUGCUGUCUUGCUGGAGAGUCACGUCGCCCUUCUUCCCUUCUGGCUGGCACAGCUCGAGAAGGACUCUGGUCGUACUCCCGAUUCCAUGCGUGGUCAACUGUCGUCCGACACCCCCACGAUCAGCAGAGCUCACUCGACUGCCGAGAUCGAUAGUAUCAACAGUCGCCGUUCAUCGGUCGUCUCAAGAGCCGAGUCCGAGCACGGACCUGCUCUGUCCAAGGGCAAGAAUCGCUCUAUGGAUGUCGUUGUUGAUAACAACUAUGGUGGACCUUAUGGAACCAGCUCCCGUCCAGGAUCGUUCCGGGCGAGCAGUAUCAAGAAGGGUUUCGGAUUCAAGGGUUUGGGCGGUGUGUUUAAAAUGUCCAAAGGCAAGGAUUCGCGUGAGUCCAGCCCAUUAUUGGGACCCACCCAGGCCGAUGACGCAAUCCCUCAGAUCAGGAUUAUCCCACCCAAACCCAAGAAGGUUGCUGGUGUGUUGAAGGUCGAGGCCAAAGUCUUCUUUGCUAACGAGCGUACGUUCCUUAAGUGGAUGAACUUUGCUGUUCUUUUGGGCACUCUCGGUGUCGGUCUCUUCAACGCUGGAGACAACAUUGGACGCUUUGCCGGUAUCCUUUUGGCCGUCACGGCUCUCUUGACACUUGUCUACUCUAUCUGGCUCUACGAGAGACGUCUCACCAUGUUGCGUAACAGGGAUCCCGGUCCCUACGAUGAACCUGUCAUGCCUACGUUAAUGUGUGUCUGCUUGCUGACAGCCAUCUCCCUCAACUUUUACUUGAAGUCCAACGUCAAGUCGAAGCCAUGA